GAAGAUAUUGCAGACAAUCUAGAAGCAAAGGAUUUCAGAAUCUACAUCAAAAUAUCGCAGAACAAUUUCCCAGGAAUCGUCCCAAGGCUCUCGAUUUCUCCAGGUAAUGUUUUGUACUGGUGACUGGUUCGAGAUGGGGGUCUCACUGGUGUACUAAUGUCAAUGUUCUGGUUUGUUCUUCAUCAGCUUGCAGAGUACGAAUCAACGAUGGCUACCUCGAAGAAAGUGAUUACAAAGGAAGAGUGGGAGAAGAAGCUAAAUGGGGUGAUAAUUAGGAAAGAAGACAUGAAUAGAUUGGUGAUGAAUUUUCUUGUGACAGAAGGGUACGUAGAAGCCGCCGAGAAAUUCCAAAUGGAGUCUGGAACUAAACCAGAAAUAGAUCUCGCAACGAUCACAGAUCGCAUGGCGGUUAAAAAGGCGGUCCAAUGUGGAAAUGUCGAGGAUGCUAUUGAGAAAGUCAAUGAUUUAAAUCCUGAGAUAUUGGAUACAAAUCCCGAAUUGUUUUUUCAUCUUCAACAACAAAGGUUGAUAGAACUGAUUCGGCAAGGUAGGAUAGAAGAGGCCUUGGAGUUUGCUCAGGAGGAGCUUGCACCUCGUGGAGAAGAAAACCAAGCGUUUCUGGAAGAGUUGGAGAGAACAGUUGCCCUGCUCGUCUUUGAAGAUGCCUCUACCUGCCCAGUCAAGGAGCUUCUUGACAUUUCACAUCGCCUUAAAACCGCAAGUGAAGUGAAUGCAGCCAUUCUCACGAGCCAGAGUCAUGAGAAAGAUCCAAAACUUCCAAGCUUGUUGAAGAUGCUGAUAUGGGCACAAAAUCUACUGGAUGAAAAAGCAGCGUAUCCUCACAUAAACAAUUUGUCCACUGGCCAACUCGAAGACCCCCCUGUUUGAUUUCACAAUCCACACUUCCUUCAGCGAGGGAACAGUGAAAUGGUGCUUCUUCUACACUUCCAAUCAAAUUGCCUCUUAGGUUCAGAACGUUUAGUGAAUUGCUGUCUGCUUUCCCCUUUGUUCUGCAUCUGAAUUUGUUGGAACCAUCAUUGUUUAGGAUAUGGCCCAUAUGGAAAGGGGACAUAAGCUGUUGUAGGAUAAUGAAUAACUCUGUGAAAUAUUCUGAUUGUCUUCAAGCUCUAUGCAAUUGAAUUGAGUACCUCAUA